AGGAAGACACAGGAGGAAAAUGAUCAACUGCAAACCAGGAGAGAGGUUUGCAGAAGAAAUCAACCCUGCUGACGACUUGAUCUCAGACUCCUAGCCUCCAGGAUUGUGAGAAAAUACAUUUCUGCUGUUUAAGCCACCCAGUCUGAGAUAUUUUGUUAUGGCGGCCAGAGCAAACUGAUACAGAUGAAUGCUAUUCUGGUCAGCCUCGUGGUUUUAGCCACCUUGGUGACUUUAUGCAAUACUCAGUGCUUUAUCAUCCCUAACCAGAACUCUGGAUCUAAUGAAUGCAAGGAUCUCGAUGGAAUCACACACCCUCUGGACUCCCAGUGGAAGACUGAGAACUGUGAAGAGUGUUCUUGCAGCCAGAAUGGAAUUAACUGUUGCAGCCUUAUUGCUGUACCUGUGGAUUAUGACACAGAAAAGUGCAAGAAAGUCUUCAACAAGGAGACGUGCAGCUAUACAGUAGUGGAACGCGACAACCCAGAAAAUCCCUGUGCUGUCAGCCAGUGGGUGUUAUAAUGUUCUUCUCAUGGGCCCAGAGCUCCCAGCCAGAUCUUAUCCUCCUCUGGCCUCUAUGAAUCUAUGAUUGCAUAAUCCUACUUACCAGUAAAAACUUUUUUGAGCAAACACUUGAA